UAGAUUUUCAAAACAGACCGAAAACGACUUUAAACUCAUUCUAGACUAUACAAGACAUUUGCUGGUCAUUUUCUGCAUACCAUUUGUAGACCAUGUUGAAAAUAAUCUGCAGGGGUUGGUCCAGGUAGAAGUAUACUGCAAUAUGAACUAAACUGUCUCUAUAUUCUGUGAAGGUGAAAUUAAUUUAUAUUGUAAGUUUAAAUCCAAUGUUUCCAAUGUUAUUUUCCUUAAGGUCAAAGAAGCAGCAGAUUACUUUUUCUGCCUCGGAAACACAAACCUCUUUGGUUGUGUAAUCAAGGUGAAGUAGUGGCAAAGUAGGGAGGGCUAUGUCAUUCGUAAAAAUCAUCAGAACACAGCUGAGAAAUGCAGCUGUCUUUCGAGGAGUUUUGAGAAGCCACAUCUGGUAUAUCACAGUCUUAGUUUGCCCACAGCUCCUUUAACCACGUGGCCUUGCUUUAUUGAACAAUAUUCUACCUGUUUCUGUCUACCUGCCAUCACUAGCACUCCUCUCUGAACUCAAUCUCUAAACAAAAAGCAGAAUGGCUACAAGAAGGAGCUGGUGAUUGAAAUGAUAUUGCAGUCUAUGGGUGUCAUACAGGUGGUUAGCCCCAUUUUCAACUGUCUUCAUUAGGACUGAGUGUGACCCACCAUAUUGCAGCCUACCUUUUAAGACAACUAAUAGAGUUUAGAGGUUGUUUAAUCAUGCAACAUCUUUUUGUGAUAUCACAAGCAUACAUAUGAAGAUAUUUUGCAUUUAGGGACAUUGUUGUAAAGCCAUGAUUGAGUAGCUGAGUAAAUGCAAUGUUUCUAAUUGAUAUAUCAUUCUUGAUUGGAUAGCAUUGUCUGAUUUACAUAUUGAUUAGAUACAAAAAAGAUAUGAUAAUAUCUAACUGUCUGUUCUAUUUCUGAAUAAUGCUACCCUGUUUGGGCAUAAUUGUAGACUACUGGAUUCUCCCAGGUGGCUAUUUUAAGAUGGUUGGUAGCAUGUCAUUGCCAGUAAAUGUUGGUCUUCAUCAGAUGGUAUUUGUGUUGCAUCCUUAAUGGGAUUACUCCUAAACCAUUAGUCAGAUGGACUGCAGCAAUAUGAGCCUCAGACGACUGUUUGGGACAUUGGUCCACUUUUAAAAAAAACCAGCUGGCAACAAGUCUCAACAAGUCUCUCAGUGCAUUUGUGUUGGCACAAGACGACCCCAAGAAGGAGGAGGACCAGGGGACCAUGAGGUACAGUAUCAUCUCCGUCACAGACAAUAAAAGUGUUGAGGCCAACUCUCUCCCCCGCCCCCUCUAUUUCUCCUUCUCUCCCUCUCCCUCUCCCUCUCUCGCUCAUAUUUCCAUUCACUGCUGUCGUUGCUUUAGUGCCAUGUCUCUAAAUUUGGACCACAUGUCCCCUUACUCAACUACAAUGGCUCCUCUCCACAAUAACAGAAUAUCAACACUUCUUGGCUAAAUGCUGUCAGGCACAGCUUGCACAAAAUAGAACAGCAGAGAAGGCAUGUCAGCCUCAAAGUCUUUCUUCUUUCAUGUCCAAGUAUUACGUCUAGUGACCUACAGCAUCAGAAAACUAUUUCCAAACCCUGUACUUGUGGACCCCAGCAAGGCAAGACAAGAGAGGGUGACAAAUCAACUGGGACAAAUUAAGUAGACACUCAAGUUAAUUCAAACUUGCCAAGAAUGAUGUCUUUGCCUUUAAUUUUGUUAUUUGUUUCCAGAGAUUGUGCAAGUGUUACAGAGUGAAGUGACAGUGUUAGCUGAGAAUGUGGAAAGAGGCUUUGGAACCAGAACGGGUCGAGUUCCACACCUAACGGACACAUUGCAACUUUCUCACUGACGGGUGGGGGGCGGGGACUGGAAAAACUCAAUGGAUGUCAAAUACUGCCCUCUAGCCUGAUUAAGAGUUACUGCAGAUUCUCUAUUUUGACGUUGCUUUUAACUGACUCUGUGUAAGCUAUUAGUUGCAUGGCCAGUAUAUCAAUCAAUCUAUAUUAAGGGUAUAUGCAAAACAUAUGCAGGUUUGUUCUAAAUGAACAUGACUUUAACACAAAUUCAAUUCUGAUUAACAAAGUUUAAGAGGAAAAGAUUUUAAGAAAGAAACCUAUCCCCUACAUAUUUUCCUUGAUCCUUAUAUGUGGUAGCUUGCACUAAUAAAUUGUUAAGAGCUAGCCACUGGAUUUAAUAUAAUCUGUGGGUCACUCAUCCUAGGUCAGUAGUGCUGUCAUGCACAGAGGAUAUGACAUGAAGAGGAUUAGGAGCACAGUGCAAUGCUAUGAGGAGUCUCUGCCUGGGCCUGGGUCCACAGCACUCACCUGAACUACUAGAGCAGCCUGACCUGACCUGGGGUGGACCUUUUUUUUUUUUCUAAGCCAGAACAUUCGCCUCAGUUUGCCUGUGACACCAUUUGUGUGCCUGAAGUAAAGGAUGUUGAAUUGUAAUGGCAGUGGACCUCCGAGAUUGAAGUUGAUUAUUCUGUAUGCAUUCUGUAAAGCACGUUGGGAUCCUGGCAGAAAGGGACAAACUAUCAUCACCUGUUCAAAUGGCAUCCUUGAACCCAGAGAUAUCAUCAAUGGGACUUUGAGAAGGCAGUCCAUAGCCUCGUGCUCUGAAGCUGGAGCCUUGAGAUGCCCCACCAGCUCUGUGCCUUCCACAGCAUUCCACAGACAUGGCCUCAAAGAGAACGCUUGACUCCUGAUCACCUGCUCCCACGCUCCCGUCCUCAGCUGGAGUGUAAGCCUUGGCUACCGUGGUUACCGAGGUUACCGUGGCUCCUGCUCAUGCUGGUUUGUCUCCUCCCGUCUAAGUGUCACGCUACCGUCUUCACAGUUGGAGUAGUGGGGCCUUGGAACUGUGACCCUGUAUAUGCCCAGGCCAUGCCCGCCGCUGCAGCCCAGCUCGCUGUAAACAGGAUCAAUCGGGACCCCUUGCUCUCCUUGAUCGACACCUUUGACUAUGUGAUCCUGGAGGAGGACUGUGAGACGUCCCAGGCCCUGGGGCGGUUCCUGCACUAUUACACACGCGCGGCAGCCUUCAUCGGCCCCACCAACCCAGGCUACUGGGAUGCUGCCGCCCUGCUGGGCAGGAGCUGGGGCAGGCCAGUGUUCUCUUGGGCGUGUGUGGGCAGUGAGCUGGAUGAGCUCGGCAGGCAUCCCAACUUCGCCUGCACCACGCCGCUGCCCACACUAGUGCUGUUGAGUGUCAUGGGCCACUUUCACUGGGCGCAUGUUGGCAUCAUCUCGUCUGCGGAGGAUAUCUGGGUAGAGACGGCCAGUAAAUUGGCUAAUGCCUUGCGCAGACAUGGCUUGCCAGUGGGUAUUGUUGCAUCUGGGGAUGACCCUGCCAGCAUGCGCAAGACCCUGGCUAAGGUCAAGAAAAUGGAGGACCUGCGGAUGGUGGUGCUCUGCAUGCAUUCGGUGCUGAUUGGCGGUCAGGUCCAGAAGCUGGUACUGGAGAUGGCUCAUGACAUGCGUCUGACAGAAGGCUCUCUGGUGUUUGUGCCCUAUGACACGCUGCUCUACAGCCUCCCCUACAUGGAUGGGCCUCAUCCCGCACUGCACAACAGUAGUAAACUGCUGCGGGCCUAUGAUGCAGUGCUGACCAUCACCGUGCAGAGCCAGCGGCACUCCUUUUAUCAAGCCUAUCAGCAGGCCAUGGAUUCUGGGGAGCUUCCCUACACCAACAAGCCUCAGCAGGUCUCUCCACUCUUCGGGACCAUCUACAACUCCAUCCUGUACCUGGCCCACACCAUGCAGCGCAUGAGAACCUCAGGGAAGUGGGGGGCGUACGGGGGGAACCUGGUGCCCCAUGCCCACAGCCUGUCUUUCCCAGGCUUCAGCCACCCAGUCCAGAGCAGUGGCUCAGGCGCCAGCCUGCUGCAUUUUGUGAUUUUGGACACAGAUGGGCUGUCUGGGGAGCUGCGGCCCACUCACAGGGUGGAGCUGGAGUCAGACAUGGUGAGGUAUCUGGGCAGCCCCAUUCACUUCCCCAAUGGAGUGGCCCCUAAGACAGACUCCACCUGCUGGUUUACCCACGGCAUCAUUUGCUCAGGAGGUGUGGAUCCUUUGUCUGCAGUCAUCCUGGCAGUGUUACUUUCUCUGCUAUUCUUCUGUUUUGUCGGGAUCUACUACUAUAUAAGGAGAAGGAUUACUCAAAUCGGUUUGGUCAGAGGACCCAAUAAGCUCUUGCUCACCCUGGCUGAUGUCACAUUCAUGAACCCAUCUCUGAGCAACAAGAGACUCAGUCUGUUUGACAGUAGGAUCAGUGGAAUGAGGAAGAGCAGCUCAUCCCGAAGUGUGAAGUCACCCAUCUCCAGCCGCUCACCUGCCACAUUAGAGAACUCCAAUGUGGCCCUCCAUGAGGGCGACAUGGCAUGGUUGAAAAGACUGCCACAUGGACAUUUUCAGACUAUUAAUCCCAGUACCAGUGAUGUGUUUGAGAUGAUGAAGGACAUGAGGCAUGAAAAUCUCAAUCCUUUUCUGGGCUUCUUCCAUGACUGUGGAGUGUUUGCCAUCAUGACAGAGUUCUGUUCCCGUGGCAGUCUUGAAGACCUGCUGAUCAACGAGGAUGUGUCACUUGACUGGAUGUUCAAAUCUUCUCUGAUUCUAGACAUCAUAAAGGGCAUGAAGUACCUACACCACAAGAAGGUUUGUCAUGGUCGUCUGAAGUCCAGGAACUGUGUUGUCGAUGGACGCUUUAUACUUAAAAUCACAGACUACAGCUACAAUGAGGUGUUGGAGGCCCAGAGGUUCCCCUAUGAAGAGCCACCUGCUGAGGACCUUCUCUGGACGGCCCCUGAGAUCCUAAGGGGCCCAUUUCCAGGACUCUAUGGCAGUUUCCCUGGUGAUGUUUACAGCUUUGGCAUCAUAAUACAGGAACUAGUGAUGUGUGGGCUGCCAUUCUGCAUGUUAGAGAUAUCUGCUGAAGAUAUCGUCCAGAGGAUCCGGAAACCUCCACCACUGUGCCGACCUGUGGUGCCACUUGGUCACGCCCCCAUGGAGUGUAUCCAGUUAAUGAAACAGUGCUGGUCCGAGCAGCCUGAUACACGGCCAACCUUCGAGCAGAUCUUUGAUCAGUUUAAGAAGAUAAAUAAAGGAACAAAGACAAAUAUAAUCGACUCCAUGUUGAGGAUGUUGGCGCAGUAUUCCUCUAACUUGGAAGAUCUGAUUCGAGAGAGGACAUGGGAGUUGGAGGUUGAGAGACAGAGGACAGAGACACUUCUCACACAGAUGCUUCCUCCGUCAGUGGCCGCGGUCCUUAAGCUGGGGUGUACUGUGGCACCGGAGCACUUUGAGAGUGUGUCCCUGUACUUCAGUGACAUUGUGGGGUUCACUACCAUCUCAGCCAACAGUGAGCCCAUUGAGGUGGUGGACGUACUCAACGACCUCUACUCUCUGUUUGAUGCUAUCAUUGGCAAUCACGACGUCUACAAGGUGGAGACCAUUGGAGAUGCCUAUAUGGUGGCGUCAGGUGUCCCAGUGCCAAAUGGCAACCGAAACGCCGCUGAGAUUGCCAAUAUGGCACUGGACAUCCUGAGUGCGAUGGGCACCUUCAAGAUGAGGCAUAUGCCAGACGUGCCUGUGAGGAUGCGCAUCGGCUUGCACACAGGUCCAUGUGUGGCUGGGGUGGUGGGCUUGACGAUGCCGAGAUACUGUCUGUUUGGAGACACGGUCACUACUGCCUCAAGAAUGGAAGCAUCUGGAAUGCCCUACCGAAUCCAUGUGCACAGCAGUACAGUCGCCAUCCUCCUGAGUUUAAAGGAAGGCUACAGGGUGCAGCUGAGAGGCAGAACAGAACUAAAGAGCAAGAUCAUGGAAAAGACUUACUGGUUGAUUGGAAAGGAUGGCUUCACCAAACCCCUCCCUGGAACACCAGAACUGGGACCUGCGAAUAAGGAUUUGAAGAUCCUUCUCCAUAAAGCAGUGAGGAAGAUCUCCACUGUGCGUCAGGUGGCUCAGCUUGGCAUGAUGGAUGAGGGCAAUGUCAUGAUGCACCAUCACUGACCCCACCCCCAUCGUGUUGGCUGUUUGACCUUUCACCUCUACGAGGAGACAAUGACUGGAAUGUUGAGUUUAUAACACAGGCCUGGCAUUCCAUGCAAACACUUAAGAACAUGAGAACAAGUCCACACAGAAUCUACGGUUGCUUGCUUCAUUUGCGUGCUCUAGGAGGAGAGGGAGGAAAAGACAUUUGGCAGAGCAUAAAAACUUUUGUGAGAUAUGAUGGGAUUCAAGAAGAAGACAUGGAAAACGUGCAUGUCCAUUAUGAUGAACUUCUCUCUUUAGGACCGCUGACUGUCCAGUGCACAAGGAGAUUAGUGGGUUUCAAAUAUGAGACACCUUUGGAGACGCAGUCACGUGGGCAACUAUAAUUACCCUGGGAUUUCAUUACUCAGCAGGGGGUGGAUCAGAUGUAUCAGGAGGACCAAUGAGAGAGAGAGAGAGAGAGAGAGAGAGAGAGAGAGAGAGAGAGAGAGAGAGAGA